AUGAGCAACGAAACAACCUCAACAAGCUCUCCUCAGACGAUCGCAAUUUCCCCUUCUUUUUCAUCCGAUAGCACAUCGAGCGCACCUCAUUCAGAACCAACAUCCGACGAGCAGCCAGAUCUUGGCGCUUUCACCACUGUUCUACGUGCUUGGACCUAUCUACAGCCACACCCGCGGAUACCACCACCUCCCUUCCCUUCGUCGUCCUCAUCGCGCACGUAUCGCGCGGAUACUUCAAGCAUAUCUUCGUUCACCCGCCCUGGAACAAGCGUCGCUACGGGCACAGAGAGCCCACUUCCUGAAGUCGAGGGUUCUACUGUGUGGAAUCAGAGGCGAAUUCAAUCAUAUUUGGAUCUAUACAGCGGUACGCCGACCUCGGAUAGACUUGACGACGACGAGGAUUUGGAAGAAGAAGAUGAGGCAACGAAGUUAAGCUCAAAUGCGGCACACAACAAUGAGGGAGAAUAUUCGCCCAGGUCACCACCACGAUCACCCGCCGUCUCUUUGGCUUCCACAGACGGCGCACGCACUGUAGAGAUAAUAUCAGAACUAGACGUUCAUGAUACGGUGACGUUCGAUGACUCCAUUUCAAACGAUCAGUCAUUAAUGUCGGGCGAAAUAUCUGUUCCUGUGCAUCCUCUUGACCACCGUCAGCUAUCAACCGACGAUAUGGAGGGGGAGGAUUCUUCUUUGACCUCCCGAGAAGUGCCCUUGCACUAUGGUCCACACGUCCACCCUGGUAAUGGGCGAGCAUCACCUCCACCCAAGCUGUUUCGGCAUGUACCUUCUGAACCCGUGUCUACAUUCCACCCUGUAUCUGUAUCGCAACAAUCUACAUCACGACAAUACCAAUCUACGUCCGCAUCCCAGCACCUCCAAUCUAUAUCUCAAAAUCUCCGUUCAAACUUCGAUUCUGACUCUCAACACUCAACAUCGCAAUUUAUCUCUCCUUUUCAAGAAUCUUCUGCCCAGACAUCACAACAAUACUUAUCUCAAGCCGAUCCCGACUCUAUCUCUUCAUCAAACUUCUCUGUUUCCUCUUACAACAUACCGCAAUCAUUUGGGCCUUCUCCGUCAGUCUUGAAUGAAUCAUGUUCCUCAAAGUCGCGAUCUCUUUUUACCGAAUCACACUCAUCGGCGUUGACCUUGACACCCGAAAACUACCGUCAUCACGAUCACUCAUUGUUGCCUACUCCAGAUUCUGGCACCCAUUCACUUGAAUCACACACCCUUUCAUUAUGGUCACAAGCUCCGCUAGAUUCACACACUCGAUCGCAGUCGCAUGACUCGCAUUCACCACAGUCUAAUGGGCAGUCUGUGGUCAUUGAACCGUUGGACUCUGUUUCUCAGUUGCAAUCAGAUUCUCCGUAUGUCUUGGACGACCCACUUUCACCACUUCCCACACCGGAAUUGGAACCCUCAGAGACUUUCCCUUUUUUACCGGCUCCUGCUCAGCACACUGUUGAGCCUUUAGGCUCCAGCUUCCAUACGCCCAAGCGGCGGCAAGGGGUUGGGUACGAGCCUGAGGGUCGUACACACGACGGACAUGGGCAGAACUACCCACACUCCCUCAUAGGGCAGCAUUAUUUACCCUCCACAAAUACAGAGGUCUCGCAACGCUCAACAACGGUUGAAAAUGAUGCUACUAGUGACGAUAUACACUCAUACGACAAUACCUUUCAUUCGGAGCCAGAGCAUGAAGACGACUAUGAAGACGGCCAGCCGUCACUUGGAUAUCUGGAUGAAGCCCUUAGCUUUAUUGCUGAGGAACGAGCACGAUGGACUGCGGCCCGUGAACAUGGGGGUGAGGCAGGGCAGGGCGGGGUGGUUGGCCAGGGAGACUGGAGGCACGUUAUCGAACCACAUCGGAAGCGGAGGAGGAAGAAGCCAUUACAGAAGGGAGAGGAAGGCAACGUGACGCCUUCUGUUCGCCCUCUGUUAGUUCCUGCAUCCCCAACUGCGUUGGCGACGGACCCAGAAACCACGACGAUAACUGCAAUUGGAACUGUAACUGCGGUCGUAUCCCCUGGAAAGAAGAAGAAGAUUAGGUUGAAGAAGAAGGCAAGCGUAGCUUCUGGUCUUGUGGGCUUGGCGGACAACAGGUCAGCCAUUGUUGGUCAUGGCGAGAACGACACUCUCCUUCGGCCCAUUUCGAUUUUGCGUCCGCCUGCUGCACCUGAAACGGACGGCGGGGAAGAGGAGGAUGGCGGAAAUGGGGCUCGCACACCGACGAGCGGAAUAAACCUCAUGGGGAAGAAGGGGAAGAGGGUCGGCAGGAAAGAGAGGGAGAAGGAGAAGGCAAAGAAAGACAAGGAAAGGGAGAAGUCGCAGAUUGAUGGGGUCUUGCCCAAACUCCCUGGAAAUUUGGAGGAUGAAUUCGAGUUUACCUUUGAAUUGGAAAAUGAUGAGGAUGAGGAUGAAGACGAUGAAGAUGAGGAUGAAGAUAUCGCGUUUUCAUCGUCGUCCAACAGUGGUCAGCCAUCUGUAGGACUUAAACGCGGGGAAAAUGCCCACAUUCAUAGGUCCUUGACUGCUGGCGUGUACAAGUCGACACCGCCAACGCCAGGGACCAGGACUCCGAAAGUGAGGGGACCGCCUGAUGUUGCAGGAGGCAUACUUGACGAAUCGGGACCGAAACCCAAAGAAAAGAAGAAGAAACCAAGAACGAGGGCAUCGAAGACCCUGAUUCAUUCGCAAUCCUUCCCUAACCUGAAAGUUGAUGAUACCCUGGGCGAGGGUUCGUCAGACACAGGUGGUCAAGGGAAGAAGGAAACGAAAGGGAAAGAGAGAAAGCGUGAGGUUGCGGCCACGGCUCCGGAGAUCGUCGAACAGGAUAAGCGUUCUCGUCUCAUAGGUCUUGCACGGAAACUUCAACAGCUCUUUCCGGAGCAACAGGCAGACCUGGGGAAGGUGGUAAACCGGUUGCAGAACCGCUCACAGCGCCGUGGGGGGCCAGAAGAAACCAACUCAGUUGCCAACAGCAAUGGGAAACGAGGCAAGGGUCAUGUUAGAACUGAAAGCGCUGAUACCGAGCUUCCGGAAGGUGACGAAGACCAGAUGGAGGCACCUGAUGGAAGUGAAGAAUUCGAUCCACGAGGACGUCCACCUAGAAAAGGUGAUACCCUCAUCCACGUAUUUGUUGACCAUUCGAAUAUUCUUAUCGGUCUCCUUUCGCACCUCAAGCGGCACCCUCCCCUUAAACCAAUUCGUAUAAUCGGAAGGCCAUUGCCUGCAAUUCCGAAGAAGCCGACUCAUACAAGGUCUUUGUCAAAUAGCAAAUCCACGCCUGCAUCAGCAUUCUCCGCCGUAAAGCCUUCCAGCUCACGACCACUUCCCAUUCCUACGAAUGGCAAGAAAAAGCCAGUUCCUGUCCCCGUACCAGCUCCUGUUCUUGAUUUGGAAGGGACGGAUACAUAUCCCAUCCCUCUACCAUCCUUUGCCACAGCUGCCCGAAAAAAUGGGAUGGAAUCGCGUUCCUUGCCCUCUGGAUCGAUCUUGAACACGUAUAUGAACAACAAAGCGGGACGGGACGAGGAUGAGACCAAUUCGGAUGGUUAUAGCACUGGCGAUCGCGAUGAGUUGGUUAUCGCGCCGAGAUGGCCUAAGGAAGGGCCGGGGGAGAAGGAGAAGCGAACCCCUAGGCAUAUGUGGCACGCUGCCCUCGCCUUGAUUUUGGAGCGCGGGAGACCGGUUACGCGUCGUGUAAUUGUCGCUUCCAGCCCUUUGUACCAACCUAUGGAUGGUAUUGAACGGCUGGGAUAUGAAGUACGUGUGUACAUCAGAGUUCCUGAUCUUGGCGACGGCAUGGAUCGGGAGCGACACAAAGAUAGAGAUUUCAAGAACGGAUCUGGGAAGUCCAGUGGUGGUAACAAGAGCGUCCAAUCGAGUCCCUCAAAGGGCUCGUUAUGGUCUGCAAGUACCCCAAAUAAGGGUCUUGGACACAAGAGGCACCUUUCAGGAAGCACGAGCGCUGAAAGUGGCAGUGGGGCAGGGGGCAAGGUUGCGCAGCUUUUAGGUUCUUCGAAUCUGAAACCCCAUUACGAGUCAACUCCAAGUCUCGUCAACCCGAAGGUCAAGUACCGCGAACAGGGCGUGGAUGAGUUAUUGCAGUUGAAACUCCACCAGGCACUGGCAGCUACAGACGAAGUUCCGGAAGGGGCGACGAUCGUGUUGGCUACAGGUGAUGGAAACGUUGGGCAAUUCAAUGAAGAUGGGUUCUUAGGUCCUGUUCGGACGGCCCUACGACGUGGUUGGAAGGUAGAACUAUACGCAUGGGAGGACGGGCUGAGCCGUUCUUGGAGACGCGAGUUUGGGGAAGGCAGUGAAUGGGGCAGGAAAGGCAUGUUUCGUAUUAUUGGCAUGGAACAGUUUGCGAGUGGACUGGUGGAGUCAGCUUAG